CAAUAACUGACAUCAAGCGUUUGUGAUAACUGGUGAUGAGUGGUAAGGAUGAGGAGCAGAUGCACAGACAUUGUACGGACGGUACACUAGGGCCUGGGCCAUGCUUACUCGCCACAUCCAGUUCUCACUCCUUCCUAGAGGUGUGGACUUUUUCCAACAUAUUACCCAUUCCUCUGGAUGCAGCGACAUCCAGAGCACAACUAGGGUUGUGUCAAUCCUCCUCCUCCCAUCGAUGGUCUCUUCUGGUGGGCUUACUCACCAAAUGUAAUACACCAGCCUCCAUUUCUGGCCCGAACAUACCUAAAGGUUCUGCACAAUACUGUAUCUUCACUAGUGCUCAUGGUUAUAUGUUUUUGAAGCUACAGCAGCUCAUUUUGGGGUCAUCUGUGUAAGUGCUGGUUGGACCAAGACUGGAAAUUGAUCUGGUAAUUGGAGGUACCGAUUCACUUUCCUGAAUUCUGCUGGGAUACCCCUCGAACAAAAAACUCCCCCAGCCAAUGGGGCCCACAUUGUUGCAGCCCCUAUUUCUGACAUCGCUCCAGCAGAGCAAGUUCAGAGGGUCCUUCUUGUGCACGUCUAUAUGAGUAGAAACUGUAGAAACUGUAGAAACUGGAUUUCUACAUAAAAGAUGAAUGGAAAACACCUAUCUCCUCGUCUAUACCACUAUUUGCUCUAGAAGCAGCCGUAUAUCCAUCAUCCUACCUUCGGGUGACCUGGUUCAGGGUUCAGGGGUUUAAUGGGCUGGACAGCAGCCAGCUCUGUUUAAAACAUAUAGAAACUUUGGACUGACUGUGGUUUUGGCUUAGCCAGAGGCUUUUAUAAGAGGACAAACACUCUCUCUGAUCUCACACCAGCUUCAACAAGGUCUAGAAAGGAAGGCUGUUGGUUCAGGAUGGACGUCUUUGUCAGACUGGUUCUGCUGGCUCUGCUGGCACUGAGCUCCAAUGCAGCACCUGGACACGAGGCAUGUAAUCUGAUGAAGAAGGUCACGGAAGAAGACAUGCGUAUGCUCAUAAAGUCUCGUUGGGUCCUGGUCGAAGCAUUUUCAGAUUUUGAAUACGGAGUGGCUCUACUGUCCAAUGCCAGCAGCUCUGUGGUGGAGAUGAGCCUCAACAGUGACAACAAAACCUUCCUGUUCGUCGAGAGAAACAUUGUGAAUGGGAAGUGUCUGACCUACUAUGUCAACAUGUCAGCUCCUGAUCCUGAGACAUCCAACCAUACCCUGCAUCUGCUUGGCCCUGGAGUCCAAGACUUGGAUGGUCACGUGACUCCAUAUGAUGACCAGGGAAAAACAGACACCUACCUGACCUGUCCUCACUGUCUGACCAUCAUCUACAACAUGGUCUUUGAUGGAAUUCAAGGGAGGAUGCUGCUCAUCUACAGGCAGGAGGGGAAACACCAGGAUGCUGAGGAGCUCAGAGCAGCUCAGAGCUCGCACAGAGUGACUGCAGAGUGUCUGAACUUCAUAGUCACCAAGAAUUUCAAAUAUGAUGGGACAGCAGACUUCUGUGAAAAGAAGAAGGAAGAGGAGAGUGAGGGCUGAGACUGUCUGAGAUGUUUAAGUCAUGUUUCCAUCCAUCCAUAAACAAAGCCUCCACAUCUCUGUACUUUAAAAAUCUACAAUGAAGGUGUCACUGGUGGAAAUAAACAGUACAUGAAUACU